GUCUCGACAUAAGAUAGCGAUUCGAUCGCAAACUGACAGUCGCUAAAUAUUAACGAAAAUAUUCGCUUGCCAUAACGACAGUAACGAUAAACGCAAGUCUCGACAGCCGAGAUAGCGGGCAACAUCGCUAAUUAUCAUGACAUAUUCGUGUCGGUACGAUAGCGAAAACCGUAUUCAUAGUGCGGUGAAUUUGUAUUAAAAUGUUGCAUGUAAAAAAAAUCCUUGUAUUAUAGGGAGAAAUGGUAGACAAGAUUUGCACAACCAAUUUUGUUUCCUUUGACAAUUAUAAAGAAAAUAGAUGAACCUUAUCAUAUUAAAACUUUUUGCAUCGAACCGUGUAAGUAAAACAUACCGUUUUUUAAGAAAACACAUAUUAAAGAUCUUAAUAGUUUGCGUACUUGCAAUACAGACAUAGAACAUAAACAAACUGUCAAUGUCAAGUUUGUUUGUGCACUUGAACAUUGGUUUGAUUUAUAAUAAUAAUAAAGGAGAACGGUGUAUUCAUUACUAUUCAUGGACGGUGAAGUCAUUGAAACAGGCGCAGGCCUGCCGGGUGCCAGCAGCUUGAGCGUCAGGCGUAAGCGUCUGCGUAGCCCUCGUGUUACACCCGCUCAAAUUGAUGCACUACUAUCAAUAUUAGAAGCGCGUCCAUAUUUGCACACGCGGAAAUUUACCGGCUUGCAGGGCCGGGAAAAUUUCGAAACGGGCUGGAGGGAGGUUGCCGAGGAGCUCAAUAAUCUCCCUAACGGGUCUAGAAAGACACCAGAGCAGUGGAUGACGGUUUGGAGAGACUUAAAAAGCCGCGCUUGCAGUAAGGCGGCAAAAUUAAAAAAAGAACAAAAACGUACCGGCAACCGAGGCGUCAGCACUGCUCCCCUGACCGAGGCCGAGAGCCGGAUAAUUUCAAUAGUUGGGGCAGAUUAUUCCUUUGGGACAGACUGCCCGGACGCUAUGCCAGAGGAAGAUUUAUUACAACAUGAGAUGGAGGCUGGGGUGGUAAUCUCUGAGGUUCUCACCUUACCUCAUUCUCAGGCUAGAGAUUUUGUGGAAUUGUUACCGACUGAAACAACAAUCAAUGACAGCAGAGCAACGGCUGGUUCUUCACCACCACCCAUCCAAGAACAAGUGCAAGAUGCCCCUCAGUCGCCAGUACUACAAAUGACAGUACGUGGCAGAAGGACAGAAACUGUUGCAUCAUCAACACCACCACUGCGACAGAGACCCAGAAGAAAGAGGAAUCUGAAUCCUCGCCAAAGUGUUUCUGAGCAAUAUAGUGCAGCUCGACGAGAAUUUCUAGCAGUUGCAGAAGCAAAUGCUGCUACAAUGAAGAUGCUGGCAACUGCUGCUCAAGCGCAAGCAGAUGCUGCCAAGAUGCAGGCUGAGGCAGCCAAGGUACAAGCCGAGGCGACGCUGCAAUUGGUAAAAGUCGGAAACAAAAUAGCUGACGCAAUAAAUAAUUACAUAAAUAAAAAUAAUAAAUGAUAUAAAA